AAGCCAUGGCCGGCCGUGGGCUCCCCCGCCGCGGCAGCCGGGGCGGGAGCGGGCGGCGCUGCCCGGCCGCCUCCCGGCGGGCAUGGGCGGGCUCUGAGGGCGCGGCGCGGCCCCGAUCUCUGGAAGCGGUGUUUGGAAACCCUGGUUCCCAGGCAGAGAAACUAAAAGCCAGGCUGGCCGAAAGUUGAGGAGCAAGCUAGAGUUAGGCUCUGGGCGGACCAGGCUCAGCAUCCUGCACCUCGGCUCUCUGGGACCCUUCUCUGCGGAUCUGAUGACUUGACACAGCGCAUCGGGACCUUACGCCGUGGCGGCUCGGGGUGGAGGCUGGGGUUUUGUUAGAAGAGCAAAGCAGUGAGGAUCUGACUCCCGAGCGAGGCUCUCCCAGCACAGCACCUUUGGCACAUGAUAGAGACCUGCUGGUAUUUCAGGACUGGAAGCAGCAGCAGCAGGAGGAGGAGGAGGAGCAGCCCUGUACCUAAGCUCAUGUUGUCAUUGGCAAAGCAGUACAUUAGGGCACUGUGAGGAUAAGUGAGUAUAGGACAAAUGAUGAGCCAUUAUCAUCGCUGCCAUCGUGCUGUGGUUCCUUAGUGCUCUUCUUUAGCUGGGGACUGGCAUGGCGUCCUGUACCUAGACCCGUGUGGCUCUUCAACUUGCAUCAUGUGCUGUCGGUGGCUGCCUGGGGGUGUUUCACUGUUGGGACCAUCAGAGCACAAGCUCUGCUCUGUUCUGCUCUUAAGUUUGCAGGGCUCCUUGAGGAAAGCUGUUUGACUUUGUUUCUGCCCUUUAUCUUUUUUAUCCUCCUGCUUUGGGUGUGAAAUUUUUCUGUAUGGUUGGAUUCACGCCAGGAGUCUCUAUGCACCUCUCCUGCUUACAAAGCCACGUUCCCCUGCUGACCUGUUGCGUGCAGGUCAGGCAAUUUGUUAGGAUGAGUUAGUCUGCUCUAUGAAAGCUUUAGAAUAUAGACUUCAACUGGACUGGUCUUUAUUUGGUUUUGGCUCGUUUAUUUGCUCUGCAAUGCUGUCACUCCUGUUGGCUCCUCACUCCUGUCUUGCUCAGUCUGUGUCCAUGCUGGGGCUGUGGUGUGGUGUGUUGCCACUGUGUGUGGGAGCUGCUCUUGUCCUUGCUUCAGUGUUGAAACUUGUGUGCAACUGCACCUCCCUUUACAUCCCUUACCUGUGUAGGUUGGAGGAGGGAGGGAUUGCACCUUAGUGUGGCAAUGUGCAGCCCUCAGCGCAGAGGGGACUCCAGCUCUGGCUAGUAACAUGGAUCCGCAAGAACAAAGAGGCACAAGAGACUGGUAUUUGCAUAAGCCUCGCUGCCAUAAAUAAGUAGAUCAGGGCUGAGGGGACAGAUUGAAUUAUGGAAAAUAUGGAAUUCAUUUUCAGGCUUUCAAGAUACUGCCAUAGACAGGGCCGAGGAAGAGAAGUGGUCUUAACAGAUAUGGAAAUGUGCCUUGAAAAUGACCUUUCAAAAAUCAAUGUUAUUAUUCUUGGUGUGUGAGACAUCCAAAUUUAAUAAAAUGUAAAGCAGAAGGGACUGGGAGGAUUUGGUCCAAGUGAAAACAGAGCAAGUGUGGGACUGGCAGAUGGGAGGAACAUUAGCCCACUCCUUGGUGGAGUUGUUGCAUCUUCCUGUUGUCUACAGAAGGGACUUGAUAGAAGAUAGUGGAGAGAAGUGUACAGGCUGUUUGCUCUAUUUGAAUGUCGCUGGAUGUAGUUUUUUGCAUAAGGAAGUGAGAGUCCAACCGUGCAGUGGGUCGUAUCCUGAGUGUUCCUAAUGUAAAUCCAGAGCAAGUCCAUCAACUUCAGUGACAUCUGCAGUAAGCCACGACUGGCUCUUUCUGAAUAGAGGGGAGAAAUGAGCAGCUGUAGCUUAGGAGGCUGGAUUUCUAGGCUUGGAUUUUUUUUUUUUUUGAGAUUUAUGACUCUUAUUUUCUGUUUGUAGCGGAGCAAUUGCUGAUCCAUGCAUGUAUGUAUGAGAAAAUGUCAGCGGAGGAGUAAUACAUAUGGAAAUCUUGCAUAGAGAGAUGGCAAACUGGCCACCUGCUCCUAGAUGAUGAAAUAAUUAUACAAAAAUACAUCUACUGAAGUAAUCAUUGAGGGAAGAGGGGGGGGGUAGGUCUGGGGAAAGCUAACAGUUGUUUUUUGUUGUGUUUUUUUUAAGUAGCUGUCGUACUUACUGCUGACCCUCCAACCAGCUUUACUGCUUCAGACACUAGUUCUUCAGUAAGUGACGGCUAAUGUUGGACAGGUUUCAUCACAGAGAGCAGUCCCUUGGUUCAGAGCUAGGUGGAGAGAUAGGAAGCCUGCCUCCAGAUGCAUUCUCUGUUGCAGACUGCCUUUGGGCAGGUAGGCUGAAAUCUCUUACCCGUAUACAUGGAUAUCUGGAACUCUGAAUCUGCCUCUCAUUGAACCCACUCUUCUUCUUUCUAAUGCAGUAGUUUUGUUCUUUGUGGGAUGUUUUGGGAGCAUAAAUAUAGCAAAUGCUGAGAUACUAAAGAAGGCAUCUCUGUAUCUGAGAUACUCUGGGACUGAAUUCUCCAUUCUGCUGCUUAUAUUCCGGCCAGAAAUGGCCAGCAGAAUUGCUUCUACAAAUAAGGCUGCUUAUUAAUUUUUGGCUAAAUACUGACCUUCCUUGUUUGUGUCUGUCUCUGAGAAUUUGCUGUUGAUGGGCUUGAGAUUGAAAUCUCAAACUACUUUUUUACUUUUUUCUACAACUACUAUAGAGCAACUUGAAAAGUGUGCUGACUCCCCUUCACCUUCUCCCAGAUAACAUACUGCUUGUGUUGCCAUGCCUGUUUUUUUUUGUUUUUUUUUUCUGAAGGUCUGCUUCUGGAAAGAAUGUUGUACCAAGUACAUAAAGUUAUGUGGUGUGGUGGAAAUGGUUUUAUCUUUCUUUACCACCUCACCCUUCUCCACUGUCUAACCCUUCUUUGUGGCUCCAAAUUCCACAUAAUUUUAUAAAAAGCUAAUCUUUUGAAUGUACAACAGUUCCUAUAUUAACUUGCUAAGCUUAAAAAAGUUGAAAAAAAAAGUGGACAUUUUGUGGAGGGGAAAACUGAUGUGUUUUCCCAAAUAUGGGGGGAAUACCCCCAACUGGCUUGCUGAGCUGUUCGCUCCAUGUUUGGUUAUUGCUCUGUCUCCCAGCCAGCUCCUGAAUGCAUCUGCCUAGCUCAGGGUCCAGAGAUGAGCAUCGCUGAGGACUUGCUGGGGACUAUUUCACAUCCGAAUGGUUUAGCACACUGGAAGCAUGGCUACAAGUGCCGUUCCCAGCGAAAACCUCCCCACGUACAAGCUGGUGGUGGUUGGAGAUGGUGGCGUGGGGAAGAGCGCUCUCACCAUUCAAUUUUUCCAGAAGAUUUUUGUGCCAGACUACGACCCAACUAUUGAAGACUCCUACCUGAAGCACACAGAAAUAGAUGGCCAGUGGGCAAUCCUUGAUGUUCUGGAUACUGCAGGCCAAGAGGAGUUCAGCGCGAUGCGGGAGCAGUACAUGAGGACUGGAGAUGGCUUCCUUAUAGUCUACUCUGUGACAGACAAGGCCAGCUUCGAGCACGUGGACCGCUUCCACCAGCUGAUCCUCAGAGUCAAAGACAGAGAGUCCUUUCCAAUGAUCUUGGUGGCGAACAAAGUUGAUCUAAUGCAUUUACGGAAAAUUACAAGAGAACAGGGAAGAGAAAUGGCAACAAAACAUAAUAUUCCGUAUAUAGAAACUAGUGCCAAGGACCCACCUCUAAAUGUUGACAAGGCCUUCCACGAUCUCGUUAGGGUAAUAAGGCAACAAAUCCCGGAGAAAAGUCAGAAGAAGAAGAAAAAGACCAAAUGGCGAGGGGACCGAGCCACAGGCUCCCACAAACUCCAGUGUGCCAUUUUGUGACGGGAGUGCCUUGGACGUCUCCCACCUCCCCCCGACCCAUGGCGAGGCGCAGCACAAGGCCCCGCUGGGCUCCCAGUGGCAGCUCUAGCUCGGAGGAGGCGGCUCGAGAGGUCCGGACCCUGGGGUGAUCGGCCAGAGGGGGCUGCGCCUGGGGCACCGUGGGAGCCGCGCUAACAGGAGGCGGAAGGGAGUGGCAGGACCUCGACGCUUGAACAUCCCCAGCUCCUUCCAGAGGCCUCCAUGGUGUUUGUUUAAAAAAGAAAAAAAAAAGAAAAAAAAAGAAAAAAGUGUUCGUUUUAUCUGCAAACAUUUCUCCUUGUGACCCCUUUAUGAACAGCCAUGAAUAGCCCCGUUUGGUACAGUCGUGAGUGUCUGUGGGGGGGAAGGGAAAGGGCUUUUCUUUUUUUUUUUUUUUUUUUUCCCUUGUCCUCUUCUCCUUUUUCGUUGUUUGCUCAGCAAGCAUUGGGUUGCAAAGAAACAUGGCUGGGGUUAGAUUUUUUGCACUGAACUCUCUCCUAUGCGGCAGUGCCAAAACACGACUUCAUAUGAAAGUGCAUAGAUUUGAAGGAAGAAAAUGAAUUCCAGCUGCUCUGGGUGCUCCAGACAUUGUGUCAGACUCUGGAGGGCAGCCAGCUCACAGACCAUAAACUCCAGCUUAGGAAAGGAGGUUUGGGCUUGGAUAUUUUUUUUCUUACCCUUUGUCAAGAGGUUUUGUUUCUGUUUUGUAACUUGGGGCAUGUCAAAGUUAAGAUGUUUUGUUAACCUGCAAGUAUUUAAAUUAAAGUAAUUUACAAA